UGUCAGUCUUGUGAUGCGAAGGGUUGCCGGCGUGCGUUCCGAGUGCUCACAUGGAGAGCGCCUUCCCCUAUUCCCUCUUUCCCAGGUUGUACAACCCGGGCCCCAUCGCUGCGCAGAGGCAGGAGCUCGGAGCCUGGGGCAAGUAUGAGCACGUCCAGCCGUUCGUGGUGGAGACCGGGGGCCAGCAGGAAACAGAAUUGAAAUGGGCAGCCUUAAAAUGUUUGAAACAAGAGAACUGGGAACCUUUGGAACCUGUUCCAAUUCCAUUACUUCCAGCCAAAACAGGGUGCAAGUUCCGUCCAGUAAGCCUAGAAGAACUUACUUAUUCUGGGAGGAUAAUGACAGGAGGAGAAAGAGAAGCAAUGACAAUGGGCCCACUUAAUUUCACAGAGCAGAUGGCUAACUUCUUCCUUGAUCAUUACAAUGAUGCCUUCAGCUCAACGGGCAAGCUUCUAGAAGAGCACUUUUUCUUUGGUGAAUCUGUUCUCAGGGGAAAAGCAAGGGAGACAAAAGUAAAUGUAAACCAUCUGAAAGUAUUCACAGAACGAGUAAAGAAGAGAGGGUGCCCACUUUCCAGUGCAAGUAAACGUGCAAGACUUUUAAAUCUGUUGAUGCAGGAGUCUAUUUUUGACAUACCCCCAAACUUACUGGCAGAAAGUAUUCACGAAGAAAUGAAGAUUCAAAGAAACAAACUUCUGUUUGAUCACUCUGCCACUGGAGGAGCUCUGGUAUAUUGCCCUUUUUCCAAAGGAGCCUAUUUUGAAGAAGGAUGUUUGAUCUAUCCUGGCAGCAACUCCAUGAACUUGCUUAAUUUUCACAAAAUUGCACUAAGUUAUGAUCAAGAUAAAAUGCCAAAAUUGAAUGCAGAGUUUAAGCCAGUGAAAUUUGAGCUGAAGGGUAGAAUCCAUCAAAUCAGCUCCAGUGCUUUGGAGGAAGAAGUUUUUGUAGGGGUUCGCUCUGACUAUCAUUGUGGUGUAUGGAAACUCUCCCAUGAAAUGAAUCCAUCUGCCUUGCAAGUGGUUCAGACAGGAAAAAUGGCUACAUGCAUUAAUGUCAGCCCUCACGUGCCUGGAGAGCUGGUAAUUGCUAGCGAGUCUGGAGCUGCCUACCUCUGGAUCCUGGACAAAGGCCUUCAGAAAAUAAGAAAAGAAAUACAGAACCUCUACUUCAAUGCUCAAUUACCAUGGAGGUGGUGUGACUUCACAGCUCACCCACGGGUAUAUAUGUAUGCUGACAGAACUGGACUGGAUUUAACUGAUAUGAGGGCUGGUGAGAGCUAUAACCAAACCUUGUUUAAGAUAGGAGCUGUCGCUGACUGCCAAAAAGGUGAACGGGUGAUUCUUCCCAAACACCUUCAGGAUGUAAAUCCAUACCAUCACCUAAUUACAACACAGUAUUCUGCCUACAUUGUCGAUGAACGAUUCUCCACUGUACCUGUUCUAAAAUGGGACCACAUGUUGGAAUCACCACCAAUGUUUGCACAAGUUGGCAGUGGGGCAGUAAGGAACAGAACAAACAAGAUUGUUUUGGGGACUCAGCGAACUCAGGAGGUGUUACUUCUGCAAUAUUCAGGUGGGACGCGGCUGCCUUGCCAAUCAUUUGGACCUCCGCAGAAACUGUCCAGUAUUUAUGAUAUAAUGCAACACCUGCCAGUCAGGGUACCCCACGUACAUGAAGUGGUUGCUGAGAGACUGCACUCUGCUGGGGCAGGACUUGCGACACUCUACCACACUCGUGGCAAAAAGACCCUGUCUGUGUUUCAGCUGUCAGCAGCAGGAGACCUAUUUUACCAGAUGCUGGUCCCUAAGAACUUGUCAGCUAACGGGAAAAGGACAUUGAAAGACUCGAGAACUAUAGCUGGAAGUGAACGUGGACCAAACGGUGCUAUUUUGGGUAAAGGGGUACAAUCAGUAAAUCAUGGGAUGGAACCAAGGCAUGAUGAAGCACAAGAUUUGGCACUAGGUGAAAGUGAAAGGCAGGAAGAAGCCUCUUCACUGAGGGCAGUAGAUAAACAAAGAGUCCAGUCAUUGACCAAGCAGAGUACCAAAGCACUUUUAACACCCAGUUGUGCUGCUCUUGUCAUGUGCAGAAGGUGGAUGGACUCAUUCUUAAAAAAGCUACAGAAAUUUCAAAAUGGUUCUGAAGAGCUCCAGAAACAUUCUGUCAUCAGUACAAAGCGCCUGUUUUCACAUAAAGCAUUUUUAAAGGAUAAAAACUCAAAUGAUACACACAGAGAAAUGUGGAAUAAAAUGAAAGCAGUUAUGGAAAAGAAGAAAGUUCUCUGCCAUAAUACUUUUCCAAUACUUGAUCCUGUUAGUGUCCCAGAUCUUGUGGAUCCCUCCAUGUGGAGGGAUGAAUUGAGUGAAAGACUUACAGCAUCAUGGGAGGGUAAGUGGAAUGAGUGGUGGGCAGAAAAAUUAGAUGUGAACCGGGACAAAAAAAUCAGAGCGUUGCGAGCAAAAAGAAGAUGGGAAAAGUUAUCUCGAGCGGGACAACGGAGAAGACUGUCAGGGAGCUUCACAUCCUCGGUGUCUGGUUUGUCGGACUUCAGUGAUUUUUCAAGUUGGAGUAGGUCUUCUGCGGUGGAUUCAGAACAAAGCGAUUAUUUAUCUGGUUCAGAAAGUAAUGUCCUAUCAAAUAAAUCUCCAGAAAUGUCAAUUGAGAGAGUUACUGAAGAUUGUGGACAAGAAGUGGACAUUCAAUCCAGUGUGUCUGUAGUAGAACAAAACCAAAUGCCAACACCCAUGUUUCCACAAGAAAUACAGUUGGUCAGUAUUCCUAAGGAAAGAAAGAGAAUUCUUCAAAAUUACUUAGCUGCACUAGAUUGUCCACCACAAUCUUCUCAAGGGGAUGAUGGAAUAAGCUGGUCAUUGCCAUUAGCUUCCUCUACACAACUGUCACUUGAUGAACCUUCACAAAUGGCAUCCACUUGCGAAAUGUCCUUAGUACCAGUGCCUCGAAGUCAGCCCGGAUUGUCUCAGCCAAAAAAGAAAAGGGCCAGAAUGGGGUUUUAGAAACUUCAUGAUAAUCGUAUGAUUGGCAUGUCAUCUGUGUUUCCUUCUGGGCCAAGAUAACAACCAAACUGAUUUGGAAAAUGAUCUGAGAGGGUGUUUUUAUAAAAUGCAAAAUAUGUAUGCAAAUGCAAACUGUUUUCCUUUUAUUACAGUUUCAAAAAGAACUUAUUUGCAAUAAAACAACUAUUUAAUAUUUGUCAAGGCUCAUGUUUAGUACUUCGAACAUAUGGAAGUUGUAUUUUGUGUAACUGAAUAUAAUUCAUAAUCAUGGCAAUAUGUAGGCUCUGUAGUAUGACUCAGGGCUUGGAAUAUUAUUUUUUGGAUAGUCUUAAAACACGGAGACAUUGAGUUUUUUUUAAUGAACCUUUUCUAAAUGUCUCAAAUGUUCCAAAAAAUUAUAGUAAAUACAAUAUACAUUUGGCUAGGAACCAUUAGAACUCCAAUCUUCAGACAAUGUUAUUAAGGAAUUGGAAUGUUAAACUGAAUUGUUAAGACUAGAUGUCAAGAUGCUUGAAGGAUGACACUGCUGUGUAGACACUCUUUGCACUGAAACUGGGCUGGAUUUUACUACAGAUGUUUGCCUUUGUAAUUUGAACCAGCAACCAUCUAACAUGGUCUGUAACCAUUAGCUUUGCAGUAAAAUUGAUUUAUUUUCCCCAGUUUCAUGGUUGUUAUUUUUGUAUCGGAAUGGGGGCUAGGAUUUUUAAAAAAAAAAGACCCAAAACAAUAUCAUUCAACAAAUUUAUUUCAAAAUUCUUGUUGAAUGUUAUAGUCAGUAAAGAUAUGAACAUCAAAACAAAGUAAGCCAGAAGUUAAUGUAUUUAAUUUCUAGAUGAAAUCACUAUAAUGUUAUGACCUACUAUUUGUGGUUAUAUUCCACUUGGU